ACGGAUUCGCAGUUUUCACGGAGAUUUCCGUGAUUUUUGUUCGUUUGCUGUGAAAAUUUCGUAUUAAAACUGUGAAAAUGUCCGACAGUGAUGAAGUUCCGGUUAAGAUUGAGUUCAAAAAGAAGUCCAGGAAACCUCUCCGGCAGCGCAAGCCGUCCAAAAGCGAGGACGAAGAUGAGCCAUCCGAACAAAACACGGAGCAAGAAGUUCUGGCAAAACUAGAAGAGACAAAAGAGCGACAAAAGUUACGGAAUCGACGAAAUGGAGUAAAUAUUUUGAGCCUCGCUGUAGGAAAGAAAGUGACGAUUGAAGAAGAGAUUACGGUGAAAGACCCAUUCAACAUCAAAACGGGUGGCAUGGUGAAUAUGCAAGCACUGAAAGCAGGAAAACUGAAAGCGGCCGUGGAGGAUCCGUACGAUACGGGAAUUGGUACGCAGUUCUCAGCCGAGACGAACAAACGCGAUGAAGAUGAGGAAAUGAUGAAGUACAUUGAAGAAGAGCUUAGUAAACGGAAAGGCAUUGCCCAGCAACAGGAUAAACCGAACGAUGGUGAAUCGUCCACGAAAUAUCUAAGCCCAGAGGAAGCGGCGCUGCUUUCCUUGCCAGCUCACCUCAGUCAAACCUCCUCCUUGCGCUCGGAAGAAAUGCUUUCCAAUCAGAUGCUCAGCGGUAUACCGGAGAUUGAUCUGGGAAUUGAAGCCAAAAUCAAAAACAUUGAAGCCACAGAGGAAGCGAAGCUGAAGUACAUGCAAGAGCAACAGCGGAAGAAAAAUUUGCCAUCCCACUUUGUUCCCUCGAAUAUGGCCGUCAAUUUUAUGCAGCAUAAUCGCUAUCGUAUCGACAAUCCCGCACCACCGAAGCGACGGUAUCAGGACGAUCAUCAUCGAGGUGGACAGCGCGGUGACCAGCGAAACGAUGAUCGAAUUCCAAAGAAAGCCACGGAUGAUUAUCAUUUCGACAAGUUCAAAAAGCAGUACCGUAGGCACUAGUGCGCUUUUUCUCUCCUGUAUUGUAAAGGAACUAUUUUACUUGAAUACAUUUACUUUUAAGCUAAACAUCA